CCAGCAGGAAGAGAGCUCGGAUCGUGAGAUCUGUCAAGCUCGGCCAGAUCAGCCAACUUCACAAACCUACAGCUGCGACACAGUAUACCUCCACGCUCCCAAAAAUACUGCGCCCGCGUCUCUGUAGCCGUCUUUGGGGUUGCGGCGAAGUCGGGACACAUCUGCGGUCGUUGCUGCCGCGUUUGAAGAAGAGUCGCCCACCCCAAGUAUUCCGGAAAUACAGCGCAGAGGGCAUCGGUGUGAGGAUGGCUGCUUACAAGCUGGUACUGAUCCGCCAUGGAGAGAGCUGCUGGAACCAGGAGAACCGCUUCUGCGGCUGGUUCGACGCGGAUCUGAGUGAGACCGGGGAGCAGGAGGCGAAGAGAGGAGGACAGGCGCUGAAAGACGCUGGCUAUGAAUUUGAUAUUUGCUACACCUCCGUACUGAAGAGGGCCAUCCGCACCCUGUGGUUUGUCCUGGACAGCAUCGACCAGAUGUGGCUGCCCGUGCACCGGACCUGGCGCCUCAAUGAGCGCCACUACGGUGGGCUGACGGGGCUCAACAAGGCCGAAACAGCAGCUAAACAUGGAGAGGCCCAGGUCAAAAUCUGGAGGCGCUCUUUUGACAUUCCUCCCCCGCCCAUGGAUGAGGGGCAUGACUUCUAUCAGACCAUAAGCAAGGACCGGCGUUAUGCUGACCUGACUGAGGACCAGCUUCCCAGCUGCGAGAGUCUCAAGGACACCAUCGCCAGAGCACUGCCCUUCUGGAACGAAGAGAUCGUCCCACAGAUCAAAGAGGGGAAGAGGGUGCUGAUUGCUGCCCAUGGCAACAGUCUCAGAGGCAUCGUCAAGCACCUCGAGGGUAUGUCAGAGGAGGCCAUCAUGGAGUUGAACCUGCCCACAGGUAUCCCCAUCGUGUACGAGCUUGACAAGAACCUGAAGCCUUUAGGACCCAUGCAGUUCCUAGGAGAUGAGGAGACCGUUAAGAAGGCCAUGGAAGCUGUUGCUGCUCAGGGCAAAGCCAAGAAAUAGCCCCUCUCACCCUACCCAUGGAUAGAGUCCAGAUCAGUACUGUUACUGUUGUCACAGAAUUGCGCGCACACACAGACACUCAAUGUGCACUUUAUUUUGAUAAUACCCAGCUUUCACACAGAAUUUGAUUUGAUUGGUCUUUAACUUGUGACAUUCUGAAACAAACAUACACAUAAUUAGACAAUGGAUAUCAGCUGUAAUAUAGUUUAAACACUGACCAAAAUUCAAAAUUAGGGACCAGUGAAUAGGAGCAAACAUAGACUAACCCAGCAGAGUCGUUCCAAGUAUUCCUUCCUAUUUAGGAUCAUGUAGGUGAAGUUCAGUGGGAACAGUACGACCUAUAAAGUAACACUGGCUGUUGUUAAAGGGGCAAGUUGAUGUGCUCUACACUGCUGAUUUUUGUUUGCUGUGGCAUUGUGAGAAAAAAAAUAAAUGUUGUGAACCAUUA